AUGGCGAAGAGCUGGACUAGCGGUGGGAAGUUUGAGCAGCAUGAAACAGAAGAACAAACCUGGAGAAAAGUCUGGCAAAAUCUCCCAAGUAAAGCCGGCGAUUUCCGUUCAUUUCUGACUGGACUAAAGCCACUGGUGAACAAAGAAAAGUGGCGAUUCGCUGUUUCGACUUUUGAAGCUAAUUAUGAGAUUUUAGAUGAUCCAACUGUUGACGAUUCUGCUACAGCAAAAGCUCAAAUGAUUUAUGAUGAACUUCUCCUCUGGACACGAAUGCAAAAAGAUUGGAUUGAGGAUUUCUUAGAGUCGUAUAUGUGUACAAACAAAUUAUGCAGAAUGGUGAACACUUUCAAGAAAUUGCGUGACUUUGUGUUGAGUGAGAAGGAACCGGAAGUGUUAGUGAAAUCUUUUCGACAAAAACAUCCCAAUGUUGACUCUUCAUUUCUCUAUGAUCACGCAAAUGUGAUUCAAUUGAUGAUUUAUGAUGUGGAUGAUCCAGAAGUGAAAGAUGAGGAGAAGAAUCGACGACAGGGAAGGAUGAGGGAGUUGAACACCUUGCUUGGAGGAUAUAAAGCAAAGAAUGCGCUAAGCGAGUGUGAUUUACCUGAAGAAGUUCUCUGCUCUCUAUUCACGAAAGCUGUAAAAGUUUUAACAGAGAUUCUCGGCGAGGAUCAGUUCAAUCAGUUGUACGAAACGUUGAUCGAGGGAUAUAAAAUUUCUCAAAAUCCUCAAGAUAUUCUACAAUUAUUUGGAGAUGAUGUCUCGGGUCGUGACAUGCAAGAUUACAACAACAGCUUCACAAAUCUUGUUUAUGUAUUUGAUAAAGUAAAAGAAACUACCGGUAGCCUGGAAAUUCUCGAAGCAAAAUUGAGAAGACCGGAAGAAAAAAAUUCUCGUUGCCGGUUUGUUGAG